GAGUGUGGAUCAUUACAGCUGUACUCUGCCACACCUGCUGCCCCCGGCUGGAAGGGGGUGGUAGUUUUAGCAUCACUCAAGCUUUUGAAUGGGUUUUGUUUAGCCUCUAGUCUGUGCAUCCGGUGUAGCUUCCCCGUAUAAACUUGGUAACAUUAUUAUUAUUAUUAUUAUUAUUAUUUGGGGUGUUACCAUCAUCACAUCCUGCCUUUGUUCCAGCUUAUUCUCGGGUCUCACACAGAACUAGCUUUAGCAUCAUCUUCAUCUAACCGACAGGAGCUAGCUAGCUUGCUUCCUAGCCGACUAGCAGCUAGCAGCUUCAUUAAAUGUUGGAACAGGUCGCCUAAAUGGAAAGGGGUGGGAAAGUGAGGAUUUUCACUUUUCACAAAGUGUGUAACAUUUUAAAAGAGUAAGACAUUUCAGCAUGGACCUCAAUUUCUACUCUGAGCUGUCGGACGGCUGCCCUCAAAAUGUGGAUUCAGAGUUUAUGGACACCCAGGCGUACGUUGGAUACUCAGAGGAAAACAAGUUUGCAGAAGGAGGAGAGAGUUACCUGACCAUCAGUGGAGCGGGCCACCCUUUCUUAUCCGCAGAGCAAACAUUUCAUACUCCCAGUCUCGGGGAUGAGGUCUUUGAAAUUCCCCCCAUCAACUUGGAUCCGGACCCGACUCUGAGCAUCGGCGAUUCAGUGUCCCACUAUGAGCUGACAGAUGGGUCAGACGGCACCGGAGGACCUCCGGGCUCCCGUAGUCUUGUUAGCAACCUGGUGGUCGCUGCCAAUGACCCUUCUUUUGCCUCCACCUUUGUGAACUCUGGGUCUCAGGGCCUGGAGCAGAUGAACUUAGGGGCCAUGGGGCAGUCUGGAGGUGGAGCCCUGCUGAGCUCCUCUGCACUGGAACUGGCCAGUUCAGGUGGUUCACAUUUCAGCAGUUCCUCCCCCAUGACCAUCGAUGUCCAGCUUGGUGACAUCGGUCAUGGGCUUUUGGGUAGUAGUCACCUGACCACUAUUAACCAGUCUGAGCUUGCAAUGGGUCUUGGGGGUCAUUCAGAGCAGCCUCUGUCUGCUACACCAUCACCAGCCGGCUCCCUGCAGGAUGAAGACAUGGAUGACUUCAAGAGGAGUGUCCUGGUCGACUCCCCCUUGUCUCUCCCAUCCUCCUCUGCACUUGCCCACAUGUCCUCCCACCAGGUGCCAACGUCCUCUGUGGCUACGGCCAGGAGAGGUGGGGGUAAGCCGGCGACACUGGCCUCAGUGACUGCAGCUUUGGGCGCUAAGAAAGUUAGGAGGAAGAAAGACCCGAAUGAACCACAGAAGCCUGUUUCGGCGUAUGCACUAUUCUUCAGAGACACCCAGGCAGCCAUUAAGGGCCAGAACCCCAACGCUUCAUUUGGGGAGGUGUCCAAGAUUGUUGCAUCCAUGUGGGACAGCCUGGCUGAGGAACAGAAACAGGUGUAUAAGAGAAAGUAUGAAUCAGCCAAGAUGGAGUAUGUAAAAGCACUGGCUGCUUAUAAAGUAAGCCAGCUCUCACAGCCUGCCACAGAGGAGAUGGAGACUGCCCCUACACCUUCUCCACUCGUGGUCAAGUUGACCCCUGCAGCCCUUCCUCCUGCAGUUCACCAGACCCUCCACCCAGCCAACAAUAGCCUAGAAGAGAACACCAUCACCAACAUUUGUGCCUCCAACAUCAUCCUGGACGUCCCUGAGAUGACCACACGUUCUCGGACAGGGGCAAACAAAGCACCAGCAGCUGCAGUGCCCCCCACCCAAACCAUCACCAAGAUCAUCAUCCCAAAGCACAUGUUGCAGGCAGGGAGUCAGGUGGUGACUAUGCUGCCUGGAGGGGUCCGCACACUGCAGCCUACGUUAGUCGUGUCGGGCGCCUCUCGUCAGCCGCCUCCGCUGCAGCAGAUGCAGAAUGCACCACCUCCGCCGCGGCUGCAGCAAAUGGCACCAGCACCUCCACCAUUACAGGCCAAGCCCCGCGAGGGAAACACCACAACAGGCCUGUCUGUGUCCAUCACAGCUACACCUCCGCCUCCCCUCCAGAUAAAAAUAGUCCCUGCUUCUCUGCAAGGCAAAGACACCCUGCCAAUUAUUGUCCCAAACACAGUGGCUGAGACGACGACCGCCCAGUCUGCACCUGUGUCGGUGCAGGUGGUGAGCGCCGGUGACACACACAGCAAUGGAGACGACGAUGAAGUUACAGAAGUGCUGAAUUCAGAAGAGGAUUACAUGGAAGUCAAUGAGUCGAGCAACAGGGAGACUCAGAAGAGCAUGUGCGUGAGGACGGGCUGCAACAACCCAGCUGUAGAGAGCGACGACUGGGACAAAGAGUACUGUAGCAACGAAUGUGUGGCCACGCACUGCAGAAACAUAUUCAAGGCAUGGUGCUCGAUCAAGAACCAGAACAUGGGAACAGUGAAGUGGAAGAGGCUCCUUUAAGUCACAUCAACAGAAAAGGAUAGUUUUUUUUUACCACAGUGUCGGUUCUCACAUUGUUUUUGUACAGUUCUGUGGGUUUGACUGACGCCACUCUGGAAAUUAAAAAAGGAGUGUUUAUAAUUGGUACUGAAAUAGGACAGUGCUUUCAUGUUGGUAGAAUAUGGCACACAGACUGAUCUUAUACAGCGCUGUGCUUGAUCACAAGUUUACGCUGAUCGACAUGAGACUUCAAGGCAGCUAGAGAAAAGAUCAAGCCCACAAAGGUCAGUCCAUACUUGUCCAUUGUGAAUUGUUACAGAAGCUUUUUUUAAACUCUAAUAAGAAGAAUCCACAUUUCAACUGUUUUUUUACUCUACUUUAAAAUCUCCUUCAACACGUGAGAGGAACUCCUCCAGUUCUCUCUGUAUUCCGCUGAAAUAUGCCUUAGUUUGAGUUUGUGUCGCUGUAUUGUUUUUGUACUGAGUUUGAUAACGGCCUUCAUGUCUAUUUUGGUAAACCAUUCUGUUCAAAACAUUUUAGAUGUUAGUUUGUGCUCUGCCUCGAUUAUUUCUUAAUAAAUGAGCUGCCAUGCUCAGUCUGA